AUGGAGCUGCACGUCCUGGUGCGCUCCGUGCACGGCGAGCUGGUGCACCAGCUCAGCGGCGAGGAUGCGAUGGUGACGCUGGCGGCGCUGAAGGAACAGCUGCCGACGACCAGUGGCUACUUCCUCCGCACCCUCUUGUACAAGGAGGAGCUGUUGGCAGAUGACGUGGAGCUGAACCAACUGCCACAGCCCUGUGAGUUGACCUUGGUGCUGCAGACCGCCAGCUGGUCGUCCGAGCUCCUGACCGCAGCGCACUACGGAGAUUUGGCGAAGGUGGAAACGGCGCUCCGAAACUUCGGGGACCCAGACUCCCAGGACGAACGCGGCGGCACGGCGCUGUGCAUGGCGGCCUCCGCAGGGCGUUUGCCUCUGGUUCAGCUGCUGUUGAAGGCCAAGGCAGAUCCGGAUCUGGAAGGCGCUGAUGAGCAGACGCCGCUGCUCCAAGCUGCCGACGGAGGACAUUUGGCAGUGGCUCAGCAUUUGGUGGAGCAGAGGUGCGACAUUGACAAAGCUGAAUUCUACGGAGAGACGCCUCUGCAGGUGGCGUGCCGCAAGGGUCAUGCUGAGAUUGUGCUCCUGCUGUGUGCAGCCAGAGCAAAUCUGGAAACGCAAGAUGAUGAUGGUCAAACCUGUCUGAUGGCAGCCUGCAAUGCUGGUCACACUGGCAUUGCGCGCGUCUUACUGGAGCAGGGCGCCGACCCCAGGCACGCGGAGGCCCAGCACUCGACCUCGAUGGGCCUCACGGGCUGCAGCCACGGCGCCGAGGGCUCGGUGCCGUGGUGCCUGGGAGACAUCCGCGAUGGGCUGCCGCCACGGUGA